AUGUAUUACAACGAUCAUCGAGCCCGUGCGAAGAAGGAUGUUACUUCUCGUAAUUCCUUGUCUUUGACGAAGAAGAAGACGAAGACGAAGACGAAGACGGAGACCGAUCUCUCUGCAAAAGAAGAAACAGAAGAAGAACGCGACAGGAGAAUCUUUCAUCUCUUCCCGAAGAAGAACAGAAAUAGCGGAGUCAACUCACAACAGAAUCUUAACGGGGCUUCUUCUUCUUCAUCAUCGAUUCUUCUCGAUCAUAACACGAUCCCGGCUGAUUCGGAGACGAGAAACCCACAAAACCCUAAUGGGCCUUCUCCUUCUUCUUCAUCAUCGUUUCUUUUCGACCUCAACACGAUCUCAGCUGAUGAUUCCGAGACCCAAAACCCACAAAACCCUAAUUCCCAAUUGUCUCUGUCUUUAUCCCUAACGGAGAACAAGAGUCCUAAGAAACGUGCCGCGCAAGAUAUCAGCCCUAGUGGUAAAUCCAAGAAAGCAAAGGUUGCUACUUUUUCAUGGAUAGGGAAAGAGAUUCCAGAGAGGCUAACCCAGUUGAUGACCGACAAGAGCGAAGCUGUACUUAAGUUGGGAGAGAGAACCGACUUGAAGCUGAUCUUUGAGAAGACCCUGUUCAAUGAAGAUGUCGACUCUACAGAGAACUAUCUCUCGAUGCCUAGCAGAAAGCUAAUCCAUAAAGACUUCUUGAAGCCUUUCGAGUUGAGAAUCGUAAAAAAAGACAUCAACAAUGAUGAUUAUAAGUUUGGAAUUGAAGGUAUUCUCUUCGAUGAACGGAAUGUAAAGUGGGAAGCGAUCUUGCAAAAAUUCGAGGUGGAGAAAGAAUCAGGGAGAAGAAGCUGGAAUUACAAUUUGACUUGUGGCUGGAACGAGAUCGUCAAGGCUAAUGGAUUGAAACAAGGAGACAACAUCAGUGUUUGGUCUUUCAGGUGGGGUGCUCUCCUCUGUUUUGCUCUUGUGACUCCUCCUCCUUCCCUUGAUCUCUCUCUCUGA